AAGUGACGUUUCGUGGAGGACGUUGUUGGUGUGAGAGGAGGGGUGCGAAGAAGUGGGAAGAAAAGAGUAAAUAAAAAAAAAGGGAAGGAUUAAGUUUCUUUUUGUUUGUGGCGUGGCGAAGGGGGAUGGUGUACCUGUUGGCCGAUUGGGGUAUGGGAGAUACUGAAAAGCGAAGCCGACACUAUGCGGGCAGCACCACAAACAGCAACAGCAGCAGCAGUAGUACCAACGGCACCGCAAACACCAACAGUCCGUCUUCCAGGGAUCUGCUCAGGCUCGAACCACCAAGCAACAACGCGGACGACUAUCAGAAAGAGGUCGACCUGCAUCCGCUUAGCAACCAAGUUGGAGGUCACACGAGACUGAUGGUGCUGAACCCGAACACCAUCUGCAAGCCGCUCAACUACCGCGAACUGGACUUUUACCAGAACAUCCAGGACCAAGAUAUCAAAACGUUUGUACCGAAAUACAAAGGCGUCAUGCAGGCAACACUGUGUAGUGGAAAAUUGGAGAAGCGCUACAGUCCGAGUUUCCGCGACGAGACGACGGGGAACAGUUCGAACAGAUCCAAGAGCGGCGGUUACAAGAGGAAACGUGAAGACGUCUUGAAGAUGAGGGUGCACCACAGCGGGAAGCCGAAGGACGUGCAGAAGAGCAUCUCGCAGUCGGACAACACGAACAAGCAGUACUUUCUGAUGCUGGAGAACAUCACGGCCAGUUACAGCCAUCCGUGCAUCCUGGAUCUGAAGAUGGGUACGAGACAGCACGGCGAUGACGCGACCGCCGAGAAGAGGACGAAGCAGAUGGCGAAAUGCGCGGCGAGCACUUCCGCGUCGCUGGGUGUGAGGUUGUGCGGGAUGCAGGUGUAUCAGGCGGACGCCGAUUGCUACCUGAAGAAGGACAAGUACUGGGGUCGAGAGCUGAACGAGGAGGGUUUCAAGAGCGCCCUCUGUCGGUUCUUCGACAACGGUUUCGGGUUGAGGGCGUACGUCAUCCGGAAGGUGAUCAGCAAGUUGAUGCAGCUGCGGCGCGUCAUCGAGAAGCAGAGCAACUACAGAUUCUAUUCGUGUUCGUUGCUGAUAGUGUACGAGGGUAACGGAGGUGUACCGCAUCUGUCGCUGAAGAGGAGCCAACCUUGUUGUUCGAGCAGUCCCGUUUACUUGGUGAACGAUUGCGACACCAGAGAGUCGGACAACAGUCGAGACGUGCCGUGCUACUACGAUGCGGACACUUCGAAUUCGUCAUUGGAUAUGAGUCACGAAGAGGUCAGCCAGGACUCCCAUCAUCGGGGUUUCGGUGAGGCGGCAGCGCGCGGCGCCAAAUCCAGCUCGUUCUACCCCAUCUCCGAGGAGACGACGAUGUUCCUCGAUUCCCCCCAGAUCCAUCAUCCGACGGCGGCGAGUCCGGUCGACAGUUGGAUGGUCUACUCGAACAGCAGCAGCGACGAGUACUCCCUGUCGGGCCAAUACAACGGUGCGGGAAGUUGCUCGAACGAUGACGACGUCUCCGAUUUCGAGAUCGGAUCGCCGAAGAACGCGGCGGCGUGUCAGUCGUUGCACUUCGAGGACCUGGAGCUGGAGGACGAGGAGGAUGACGGCAGUCUUGGUCUGACACCAUCGACUCACUCCCACACCAAGAUCAAAACCAAGAGGUUGAGACGCGUCGGCGAGGACACCUCAUCGAAGAAGUCGACGGUGUCCAAGGUGCAGACGACGAAAGCGGGAGGAGGAACGUUGAUGGUUCCCGCCUCUGUGAGGAGGACGACGAUGACGACGGCACCGCCACCGUCGCCUCCGAUUCAGGUGGACGUGCGGAUGAUCGAUUUCGCGCACACCUCCUUCACAUCAUCAUCAUCAACCACCAGCAAUUCCAAUGCUUCUGCGGCCGUACACCAGGGCCCCGACGGCGGUUUCCUCACCGGCCUCGACAGUCUCAAACGGCUACUCCUCGAGAUCCUCGAAGAGGGUUAAACGCAAAACGCGGAGGCCGCCAUCUCUCGGCCGGGACGAAACUUCCUGAAAGCAAAUAAAACCACCAAAAAAAAAAAAAAAACAAACAAACCAACAACAAGCAACUAAAUCUCCCAUUUCAACUUUGAAUUGCAUUAAACAAAAAAAAAAACUAUCACCAAC